AUGACUAAAAAUUCUUCCAACAUAAUGGCUCUGACUCCUAACACUUCUAACAAAAGAGAGACAGUGUGCAUAUUUGGAACUGGAGAUUUUGGACGAGCUCUGGGGCAUAAGAUGAUUCAGUCUGGCUACCCUGUGGUGUAUGGAAGCCGAAGCACCCAGAUAUCCAACCUGAUUCCCAAGGAUGCAGAGGUGUUGGGCCAUGCAGAGGCAGCGCAGAAAGCUGCCAUCAUCAUUAUAGCAAUCCAGAGGCAGCACUAUAACUUUCUUACAGCACUAGCAGAAGUUCUCCGUGGAAAAGUCUUGGUGGACAUAAGCAACAACUUGAAAUUAAACCAGUAUCCUGAAUCCAACGCAGAGUACCUGGCUCAGCUGCUGCCUGGCAGUAAGGUUGUGAAAGGCUUUAACACCGUCUCAGCCUGGGCCUUGCAGUCGGGCACGCUGGAUGCAAGCCGGCAGGUGUUUGUCUGUGGAGAUGAUGUGGAAGCCAAGCAAAUGGUCAUGGAUAUUGUUCGCGCACUGGGUCUCACUCCAGUAGAUAAGGGAUCCCUCUUGGCUGCUCAGGAAAUAGAAAAUUAUCCUCUGCAACUCUUUCCAAUGUGGAAGUUUCCCCUCUUCUUGUCCCUUGGCCUAACUGCAUUCUUUUUCCUCUACUGUGUGGCUCUUGAUAUAAUUUACACUUAUAUUUAUGAAAAAAAUAACUUUUCAUUUUUUAUUGCAAUUACCAUUCCAAAUCGGGUCUGCCCUGUAGUGGCACUCAUCCUUCUUGCCUUGGUUUAUCUUCCUGGUAUAUUUGCUGCAAUUAUUCAGUUAUACAGAGGUACCAAAUACCGCCGUUUUCCAGACUGGCUGGACAAAUGGAUGCUGUGUAGGAAACAGCUUGGACUAGUAGCCUUGGCAUUUGCUUCCCUGCAUGCUGUGUUCACUCUUGUUACUCCAAUGCGUGCCUUCGUAAGUUGGAGAACCAGCAAAGGAAUCAUCUCCCAGGCACUGAACAAUAAAACAGAACCACUCAACAACACUAAUGCCUGGCUUAGUGACUCUUAUUUGGCUUUGGGAAUUUUAGGAUAUUUUUUAUUUGUUCUUCUGGGAAUAACUUCCUUGCCUUCAGUCAGCAACAAUGUCAACUGGCGAGAAUUUAGAUUCGUUCAGUCCAAACUGGGAUAUCUAGCACUGAUUUUGUGCACUGCACACACUCUGGUUUAUGGUGGAAAAUGGUUCCUGAGCCCAUCAGCAUACAAAUGGUAUCUUCCAAACAUCUAUAUGCUCUCCCUCAUUGUUCCAUGUGCUGUACUGGUUGUCAAAUUUGUGCUGAUAUUUCCUUGUGUGGACAAACGUCUCACACAAAUUCGGCAGGGCUGGGAGAGAAAACCCAAAUACUCAGAACAGUCAAAUUACAUUAUCAACAAGUCUGCUGUAUAA